AUGAAAUGGUAUGUCACUGAGGCAGAGCAGGAAUCUGAAUAUGAAAGAGUCCUAAAACAACUUAAAACUAAUCCUGCAGUGAUUGUUCUUGUUUUUGUUUUUUUUGUUUUUUCAGAUUUAUCAAAAAUCCCAGACACACUCAGGAUAGUUCUGUUGGGGAAGACUGGAGUUGGGAAGAGUGCAUCAGGAAACACCAUCCUGGGGAAAGACGUAUUUAAUGAAGACCUGUCAUUUGAGUCAGUUACCACUGUGUGUCAGAAAGAGACAGCAGAGAUCAGAGGGAGACAGAUUACUGUGAUCGACUCUCCAGGACUGUUCGAUACUAAUACUGAUAAUGAAGAAACCAGGAAAGAGAUUGUUAAAUGUAUCUCAAUGGCAGCUCCUGGACCUCAUGUGUUCCUGCUGGUGCUGAAAAUAGGACAACGCCUUACAGAGGAGGAGACAGAGGCAGUGAAAAUCAUAGAAAAGACUUUUGGUAAAACAUCUAACAUGUACACCAUCAUCCUCUUCACUGGAGGUGAUUAUCUAAAACAGAAGACAAUUGAACAUCAAGUGGAAAAGGCUGGGGAUAAUUUAAGGACACUUAUCUCUGAGUGUGGGAACAGAUAUCAUGUUUUCAACAACAAUGAAAAACACAGCAACAUCCAGGUCCUGACUCUCCUGGAUAAGAUUGAUGACAUGGUGGCACUGAAUGGAGGAAGCUACUACACUAAUGAGAUGUUCCAGCAGGUGGGAAUGAAGAAGUGCUGCUCUGAAACAACGGCUCCAAGAAAGCUCCCAGUGUUUGCCAGUUUCCAGUAUGACCACUGCCUCUACCCCUGGUCAGAGUCUCUUCAUUUGGUGGUGCUCACUGAUGCUGUGGAUGGAUCUGUGUGGACAGCCUGUGACCCAGGAGACAGCUGUGGACAGAGACACUUGGGGACUUGCACACCAUCACAGAUCUGCCAUUACAUCUGUCAGUUUGUGACAGCAAGGAAUUAGUUUUGGUGCUGUUUCUUUUAUAAGGUGUUUUAUACCAUUAAACAUUCCUUUUUAUUAGAAACUUUACACUUCAUGGGUUUUAGUAAAAAUAUUUGUAAUAUAAUUAAGAAGUUCUACACUGACAUUUAUAGCUCUGUAUCCUGAAAGCCUGGGACAUCUAAUUUCUCCAAAAUUAUUCAUUUUGACUGCACAAUUAUAGGCAUUUCUCAUCAAUGCUCAUCAAUAACGACCCUGAAUUACAAAGUAUAGCAAUUUUACCAAAGAAUUUAAACUCAGUUCAUGGAUGACACAGCUAUGAUAUUAAGUGAUAAAUCUACAGUAGCUGAAGCGCUCAGGACUAUUUCACUGUUCCCCCAUACAUCAGGACUAUUUCACUGUUCCCCCAUACAUCAGGACUAUUUCACUGUUCCCCCAUACAUCAGGACUAUUUCACUGUUCCC